AUGGAACCGACUAAAGAUGAAACCAAAACAAAAUCAGUAACAACAUCAGAAGGAUCGACUACGACAACUUCAUCCACGUCAAACUCUUCUACGAUUUCUGCUCCUACAAUUUCUUCCGUCUAUUUACCGGUUAUGCUGAAACCGGAUGUUACUUCACAACCAUUCAUGAUGUCGAAACCGGAUGUUAGUUCAUAUGUUAAUUUAUUUACAAAAUAUAAGUAUCUACAUGAUGGAUUUUGGAAAGACAAGGAUGAAAAAAAAGAAGUUGCAAGUGGUUUCGAUUCAAAAAUUUCACCUUCAACAACUUCGACGAAGUCUUCAUCACGUGAUCUGGUGGAAAAAGCUACGAAGAUUCACCGAAAAAAGAUGAAGUCAGUGAAAGAAGGUAAAUCAGAAAAACCAAAAGCAAAGCAAAAGUCAAUGAAAUUAUCAAUUUUAUCGUCAGAAACCGAAUCAAAGAGUCAAUCCAGAGAAUCAGAAGCAGAGCUAGAUUCAGAUACAGGCGUGAAAUCACUGACUAAAUCGAAUGAAACUGUUUCGAAACAAACAACUAUAUCACUCACUUUACCACCAGCGCUAUCAAAAGAAACCAAAACGCAGCAAUCAUCUGUAAUAUCAGUGCCAUCAGAACCUGUUGUAAUACCAAAAAUGCAACAACCAUAUGCAAUAUUAUCGCCAUCAAAAGAAUCUAGCACAACACCAGAGGCGGAGCAACGAUCUGUAGUACCAGCGUUAUCAAAAGAAUCCAUAACAGUGCCAGAAAUGCAACAACCAUCUGCAAUACUACCGCCAUCAAAAGAAUCCCUAACGGUAGAAAAAACGCAGCAGAUAUCUGCAAUAUCACCGCCAUCAAAAGAAUCCCUAACGGUAGAAGAAACACAGCAGAUAUCUGCAAUAUCACCGCCAUCAAAAGAAUCAAUCGCAACGUCAAAAAUCGAAAUCCCGACCCAACCAUCUUCAUUGCCUAAAUUUCUUGCAAAGCCAGAAACUGAAUUCUCGACUUCACUGGCGCCAUCACCAGCAGAAUCCACCAAGAAGUUAGAAAUCAAUGUUUGGGCUCCGUCAUCUUUGCCAACAAUGGAAUCUGUUUCAUCAGAACCAAAAACUGAAGGCAUAUCACUAGCAUCCGAAAUGGCAAAAUCGACAACUGGGACGUCAUCCAUACCGCUAUCAUCGAGUAACGAAGAGUCGAAGCCAACAUUAAAGUUAACAAAAUUAACAUGUAGUGCAACGAGAACGCCGACUGAAUCAAAGCUAAACAAUUUGAUGGAAAAGGAAUCAAUCGCAACGUCAAAAAUCGAAAUCCCGACCCAACCAUCUUCAUUGCCUAAAUUUCUUGCAAAGCCAGAAACUGAAUUCUCGACUUCACUGGCGCCAUCACCAGCAGAAUCCACCAAGAAGUUAGAAAUCAAUGUUUGGGCUCCGUCAUCUUUGCCAACAAUGGAAUCUGUUUCAUCAGAACCAAAAACUGAAGGCAUAUCACUAGCAUCCGAAAUGGCAAAAUCGACAACUGGGACGUCAUCCAUACCGCUAUCAUCGAGUAACGAAGAGUCGAAGCCAACAUUAAAGUUAACAAAAUUAACAUGUAGUGCAACGAGAACGCCGACUGAAUCAAAGCUAAACAAUUUGAUGGAAAAGGGUCUGCUGUCGCUUGAAAUCCGUCAAAAGAAAGAAAUGGAAAUUAAGAAAUUGAAAACUGAAGAUACUUCCGCUGUUGCUACAAAGGAUAAAACAUCUGCGAAAACAGCUGUGUCACUCGCGAAAGCAAAUUUGAGCCCUGGAGACGAUCAGAAAGUAACUGCGACCGCAGAAGAGUCUGAAUCAUCGACCAGUGACACUCAGGAUUCUGGGGAAGAAAAAAAGUAA